AAGAUAUAAAGAAGAGACAGAAGAGUUGCUAGUUACAUGCAUAAAAUGGCUAAGAAGGCAGUGUUGAUAGGGUGCAACUAUCCAGGAACAAAGGCCGAACUAAAAGGGUGCAUUAACGAUGUAUGGAGGAUGCAUGAAUGUCUGAUUCGCAAUUACGGAUUCUUAGAUGAUGAUAUCACAGUUCUUAUUGACACGGAUCGUUCUUACACACAACCUACAGGCAAGAACAUUCGAUUUGCCAUGUCAAGGUUGCUUCGAUCAGCUCAGCCCGGUGACGUGCUAUUUGUCCAUUACAGUGGUCAUGGCACCCGUCUCCCUGCCGAGAGCGGAGAUCACGAUGAUACUACUGGUUAUGAUGAGUGCAUUGUUCCUACAGAUAUGAAUCUCAUCACUGAUGAAGAUUUCAGAGAGUUUGUAGCAAAGGUGCCUAGGGAUUGUAGGAUCACAAUUGUAUCAGAUUCUUGUCACAGUGGUGGAUUGAUUGAAUUAGCAAAGGAGCAAGUAGGAGAGAGCACACAUGAUGGAGAACCAGUUUCAACUCCUGGCUUCAAAAACUUCCUUCAUAAAACUCGAGAAGAUACACUCGAGGCUCGUGAUAUUGAGGAAGAACAUGGUGAACUUCAUCAUGGGGAUCAGAGCUAUGUGAAGAAUAGGUCUUUGUCUCUUUCAACUCUUAUUGACAUACUAAAGGAGAAAACUGGGGAAGAUGAUGUGGAAAUUGGAAACAUAAGACCUACACUAUUUUAUAUCUUCGGGGAAGAUGCUAGUCCUAAAGUGAAGAACUUCAUUAAGUUUUUCUGGAACAAAUUUCAACUGGGAGGUGAUGAGAGUGAAGGCCAUAGUGGAAUUUUGGGACUAGUGAACAAUCUAGCACAAGGACUUCUCAACUAUAAGCUGAGUGACAGUGAUGAGGAGAUCGAAGAUCCUGUCAAGCCUACAUCAACUAAGCAUAACAUUGUAGAGCGAGGAAUAUUACUGAGUGGUUGCCAAACUGACCAAACUUCUGCGGAUGCUAGUCCCCAUGGAAAUCCUGACAAAGCUUAUGGGGCUUUUAGCAAUGCCAUACAAGCUAUAAUUGCAGAGACUGGUGGUGAAGUUACAAACCGGCAGCUUGUUCUGAAGGCUAGGAAGAAACUACAUAGGCAGGGUUACACUCAGAAGCCUGGACUUUAUUGCAGUGAUGACCAUGCCAGUGCUCCUUUUGUGUGCUGAUAUGAAAGUGAUACAACUUAUGUUGAUUUUCAAGUACUUUUAUAAGUUUCAGACAAUCAAUAAAUACUUAUGUUAUCGCUGAUUAUAUGUGGCAUAUGAUUUUCGACAAAUAA